AUGGAACAAGAUGAACCAAAUAGUGAAAAAGCAGGUGAAGAUAGUCAAGCUAGUAAAGGCAGUCAUGAUAGUGAUGACAAUGAAGAUAGUGAAGACAGUCAAGAUAGUGAUUACAUAGUCGAUGAAGAUAAUUUGGUAGAUGAUCCAGAGGUUAAUAUGAAGAACUUUCACCUCAACAUUGACAAAGAGGUGGAUUGGGUUGGAAGUUUUCCUGAUGAUCGAGAUGAAGCAGUAGAAGGUGAUGAAGAAUUAGAGGUUAUAGAAACUGAAGAAUUUGUAUCUGCAUCUUCACCAGAUGAGGGUGAAGCUACUGCUAUCAAAGAUCCAUUUUACAUCCACCAGAAUUUUAGCACAGCCAAGGAAGUUAAACAACAAAUUUAUCUUCAUUCCAUAAAGAGUAGAAGGGAGUUAGAUUUCGUCAAGAAUGACAAAAACAGGAUUAGAGUGGUUUUUAAAGGGACAAUACCAAACCUUGGGAUAUUAGAAACAGGUGGGACCAACAAAAGUAAUGACAAAGUGGGACCAAGUCAAAAGAAAAAGAAAGUGAAAGAUGGUUUUAUUCAUAAAUGCUCAUGGGUCCUACUAGUGAGUAAGUGGAAAAAAGACAUUAACUGGACUUUUAAGACCUAUGAAAAGCAACAUACAUGCCUUCAAACAAGGAAAAUUAGGCCAUGCAACUACAAGUUUCUCUAUGAACAGAUUAUUGACACAGUGGAGUCAAACCCAGAAAUACCACUUAGAGCAUUAUGUGAGAUGCUUGAGAAGAAAUACCAAGUUGGAUUGUCAGACAUGAAAGUUCAUAGGGCGAAAACGAAAGCCCUGGAAUCAAUUAGGGGAGAUUUUGCUGCUUACUCAUGUCUAAGAGACUACUUACAGGAGGUGCAAAGUAGAAAUCCAAACACCACGGUCGAACUUCAAGUGCAAAGUGAACCAUGUUAUGCAUCUAAGACCAGGGUAUUUGAACGAGUAUACAUUUGUCUUGGUCCACUGAAAAUUGGAUUUGCAGCAGGGAAAAGAGAUUUACUAGGGCUUGAUGGUGCAUUCAUGAAGGGUCCAUACCAUGGUAUGAUCCUCACAGCAGUGGGUUUAGAUGGGAACAAUUACACAUACCCUUUGGCAUAUGCAGUUGUUGAAGCAGAGAACUUUAAUUCAUGGACCUGGUUUUUAACUAACUUAGGAAAUGAUCUUGGUUUGUAUGCAAACUCCAACAUCACUUUCAUAUCAGACAAACAGAAGGGGUUAUUGCCUGCACUUGAGAAAUUUUUCCCAGCAGCAAAGCAUAGAUAUUGCCUAAGGCAUCUUCAUGAGAACAUGAAACGUAAAUGUAGGGGCAAGAAAUUCACGGAUUGUCUUUGGAAUUGUGCAACAUGUACCACCACACCACAAUUCAACAGUGCCAUGGAAGAACUAAAGAAACUUAACAGUGAAGCAUAUGACUGGCUUAAUUCUAUUCCACCUAAGCACUGGUCCAGAUCCCACUUCUCAGGGAGGGCACAUUGUGAUGCUUUGUUGAAUAAUAUGUGUGAGAGUUUGAAUAACAAGAUAGUGAAGGGUCGUGAUAAGCCAAUUAUCAGUUGCUUGGAGUUUAUUAGGGAGUAUAUCAUGAGGAAAAUUGUCAUGGUUCAAAAAGAAAUUGACAAAGCUAAUGACCCAUUAACUCCUAUAGCCACUAAGAGCCUUCAAAAAAUUAAAGAAAGGGCAGUGUUCUGUGGCAAUGGGAAGUACCAAGUUACAAGUGAAGGUACUAAUCAGUAUGUGGUCAAUAACAAACUUGUUCAUGUAACAGGUGGGAACUGA